CGAUUCACUUUGUUCAUAUUUACCGUUCGUUUACUACCGGUUAUCGUUGACAUUAUUUACAAACAAGCGAAAAUAAUAUAAUAAUUUUACGUAAUUUAACUUUUUACUAGUCUUUCUAUUGUAUUGAUUAAUUACUGUCGUUUACAAUGAGCAGUAACAACGAUUUAAGGCAUAAAAACAAGAUCACUACUCCUCUCAAAAUUAAAUUGGAAAGGUUGAAUUUGAAAGUAGCUAGUAAAAAGGGUCUGUUUACUGAAGCAACAAAAAAUGCGGAACCCGCAACACCUCAGGCACAAAUCCAAUUCAGUCAGGAACUGAAGUCAGUGUUGAACGAAAGGAAUAUUCUAACUUCUAAAACGAGAAAACGAGUUUUCGAUGCUUUAGACGAGCUAAAAAAGAAAGAUGAAGAUGAGAAGAGGCUCAUCAAGAGAGAAAGGGCCUUGUUGGAGGUGGUAAACAGCGAAAUAAAGUAUGUGCAGCAACUUGAAACCAUCAUACGAUACUUCCUAAGGCCCACGGAAGAGAGAAAACUUCUACGUAACGAGGAUUUCCAAAUGGUAUUCGGAAAUAUCAUUCAAAUUUACAAUAUCAACAAAGAACUCUUAGAAGAAUUGGAGAAAAACCACAACAAUGUGACAAAAACGUUGUUAAAAAUCGCACCGUUUCUUAAAGUGUAUUCCAUUUACGCUUGCGAGUUCAAGAAUGCUUUGAACAUUUUGAAGAAUGCUCGAACUUUGACACCACAAUUCGCAAAGUUCGUAGAAAAUCAAGAAACCCGCCCGGAAGUCCAAUGCAAAUUAUCAUCACUACUCAUCACCCCCAUUCAAAGGGUACCUAGGUACAAACUAUUACUCACCCAUUUACUCGAAUUAACCCUUCCCGACGAAAACGACCACAACGAUCUCACAGAAUGCUUAGCGAAGAUAGAAGAAACAGUGGAGCACAUCGAUAAAGUCAUCCAGGACCAGGAAAACAUGGUGAGGCUAGUGGAAUUGCAGAGGUGCCUGAAAUCCGGAGAACCCAACAUCAUAAAACCGGGUCGCACUUUGAUCAAAGAAGGCGUUCUGAGCAAAAUGGCGGCUCACAAUAAACCGAGCGAAAAGCUAUACACAGUCUUAACCAACGACAUACUGGUGUUCAUCAAGAUGAAGACAGCGGAAUUGAAAGUCGACUCGAUGAAGUGCCACAGCAUUCUUCCUUUGGGCAAAUGCAGAGUAAUGGAGAUACCCGACAAAGGUUGCAUGAAGAUAAUUUGCCAGGACGAAGAGCUGAUCCUGUACCAUGAUCAUUUAGAGCAAACGAAAAUCUGGAUUAAUAUGAUUGCCGACUGCAUUAAUGAUUACUUGGACGGGAAGAAAACGUUGAGGAAAGAGAGCUCGUCGAGGAGGCCGGCCAAGAGGAAAAACUUAAUCGAGUACCACGAGGUCGGUUUGAGUCCCGGGAAACCGUUGAAAAAAAGGAAAAUUGAGGCUAGCAAGGGAUGCCUGAGGGAUAACCAGUUUGCGGUAACCGGUCGUAAUGCUAUAACCAGGACACCGUGGGAGUGUGAUAAUCAAAUAGCAUCUACAUCAACUACUAGCACGUCGAUUAGCGCUGAAGUUCCACCGGCUCAAUCAAGGGAAAUGUUUGUGUUUGGUAGAAAUCAAGUAGAUGAUACCAGCUUCAAAUUCUUCAAAGUAUUCAACGGCAUCGGUUCGUCCAUUAAGAAAAUGUUCAAUUUUAAGUCGUAGAUUGGUGUUUGUACCGUUUGUUGUAUGAAUAAUUUUUUGUAUAUCUAGGAUAAAUUCACUCAUUUUUUAUUUUAAGUAAAUAUAUUUAAUGAAGAAAUAUAAGUAGUACACAUUCGAGAUUAUUUUCUAAAGAUUACAAAAAAAAUAGAGGUAUAUCUGUUUUUGGUACUUAACAUUAAAGUGCUUCACACUGGCGAACAUUGCACACGAAUAAAACAUACAAAACGACUUUAAUAAAUGCACAAACGAAAUAACAACAACCAUCCAGAUCUAUACUCUAUUUAAAAACGAGAAGGAGCAUUUU